CUGGUCCUCUGUCUUUUAUGUCUACGGGGUUUGUGGGAUAUUCUGGUACAUGUUCUGGGUCCUGGUGUCGUACGAGAGCCCUGCUGACCACCCCACCAUCACAGAAGAGGAGCGCACCUACAUCGAGGAGAGCAUAGGAGAGAGCGCCAAGCUACUGGGCCCGGCCGAGAAAUUUAAGACCCCCUGGAAGAAGUUCUUCACCUCCAUGCCGGUGUACGCCAUCAUUGUGGCCAACUUCUGCCGCAGCUGGACCUUCUACCUGCUGCUCAUCAGCCAGCCGGCCUACUUCGAGGAGGUGUUCGGCUUCGAGAUCAGCAAGGUUGGCAUGGUGUCGGCGCUGCCACACUUGGUGAUGACCAUCAUCGUGCCCAUCGGGGGUCAGCUGGCCGACUACCUGCGUGCCAACAACCUCAUGUCCACCACCAACGUCAGGAAGAUCAUGAACUGUGGAGGGUUUGGUAUGGAGGCGACUCUGCUGCUUGUAGUUGGCUAUUCCCACAGUAAGGGUAUGGCCAUCUCCUUCCUCGUGCUGGCCGUGGGCUUCAGCGGCUUCGCCAUAUCAGGUUUCAAUGUCAAUCAUCUGGACAUCGCCCCUCGCUAUGCCAGUAUCCUGAUGGGCAUCUCCAAUGGGGUGGGCACCCUCUCUGGCAUGGUGUGCCCACUCAUCGUCGGAGCCAUGACCAAACACAAGACUCGAGAGGAGUGGCAGUACGUGUUCCUGAUCGCCGCCAUGGUGCACUACGGCGGCGUGAUCUUCUACGGGUUGUUUGCGUCGGGCGAGAAGCAGCCGUGGGCGGACCCGGAGCUGACCAGCGACGAGAAGUGCGGCUUCAUCGAGGAGGACGAGCUGGCGGAGGAGACGGGCGACAUCAUGCAGAGCUACAACGCAGCGGGCGGCCCGGCCAAGAGCUACGGCGCCACCACCCAACUCAACGGGGGCUGGGCGGAGGGCUGGGAGAAGACGGAGGAGUACGUACAGGAGGGGGGCCAGCAGGCGGGCUAUGGGGGGUACUCCUAGAGCUACACACACUUAACACACACACACACACACACACACACACACACACUUGACACAAACACACAGUCAAGACAACGACAA